AUGCCAUUCCUAUCUAACCUCUUUGGAUCCAAGGAAGACGCCGCUCCCAAACAGCAGAGCCGGCCCCCCAUCAAGCAGGAUUGCAACAACUUUGGCUCUGCCAACGCAGAGUCCACCCCCGUGGCAGUUCCCCAGCCCAACCAGCCCCCAUCCGGCUCCCAGGACAUCCCCCAGUCUGUGUCCGAGUCCGUGAGCGGCUCCGUCUACGGCUCGGUGGCCCAGUCGCUGCCGUCGCAGUUUGGCUCGGCAAUGUCGCCGACCAUGUCGCCCAAGGCGUCGGCUCUCGCAGCAGCCCUGGCCAAGCAGGAGGAGGAUCAUAAGCAGAAGCUGCAGCAGUUCCGGCGCAAUUCCCAGGCUGCCUCGGGCGGCACUCCCGCCCCCGUGUCCUCUUCUCUGCCUUCGGGCCCCGGCCACUCCCCCAACUUCUCCAAGGUGGGAUCGCCUGGCUCUCCCAUCACCGCUGACGAGGCCAUGAACCUGUCGCGGGCCGGUGGAUUCCAGGGCCGAAUGCGGGCUGGAUCCAACGCUGCCGGGGGCAGUGGAAUCGCCGCCCAGCUGGCAUCUGCCAGCCCCCAGGACAUGGGCCCGUCUCCUGACGGCGGCUCUGUCAAGCGAAAGAACUCCAACAAGUACCAGGGCUUUGGGCUUGUUGCCGCCUACUCCAACUCCGGCAUGAACUAG